AUGAAUCUUUCGCGUAAUAACUUGUCUGGUUCAAUCCCAACAAGUUUCAAUGAACGCGUUAGUUUGAGGUCAAUCGAUAUAUGUUCCAAUCAAUUGGUCGGUCCCCUUCCCAAGAUCAAGGCUUUUCAAAAUGCUUCGCUUGAAGAAUUAAGAGAUAACAAGGAUUUAUGCAGCAGUAAUCAUACUGGUAUGAGCCCUUGCUCUUCAUUGAGGAAAAAAAAGAGAAUAAGUAGAAAGCUUAUACUGACCUUAACUCUAUCUCUUAUCUUUAUUGCCCUGAUUCUACUUGUGAUUACUUGCAUUCUUUUUCUAACAAAAAGGAAAAGAAAUAUCAGUAUUCAGCCUAGAGAACCAUCCAGAAGUUCUUUUUCAAUUAGGGGUUUUGAUGGAAAGAUAGCAUAUGAAAACAUAAUUACAGCAACGGAGAACUUUGAUAGCAAAUAUUGCAUUGGGAAGGGAGGACAUGGAAGUGUCUAUAAGGUUGAGUUACCAUGUGGUCAAGUUGUUGCAGUAAAAAAGGUUCAUGCUUUAGAAGAUGAUGAAGAAUCUGAUGACAACUUGAAAGGGUUUUCAAAAGAAAUACAAACUCUAGUAAACAUCCGCCAUCGGAAUAUUGUAAAGAUUUAUGGAUUUUGUUCACAUGCACGCCAUUCAUUCUUGGUUUAUGAGUUGCUGGAAGGAGGAAACUUGUCACAAAACCUUAGCAAUGAGGGUAGAGCAAGAGAUUUAUAUUGGCUCAAGAGGGUUGAUAUUGUCAAGGGGGUAGCAAACGCGUUGUGUUACUUGCAUCACGAGUGUUCUCCUCCUGUAGUUCACAGAGAUAUAUCAAGUAACAAUGUUCUCUUAGAUGCUGAAGGCAAUCCCCAUGUUUCUGAUUUUGGCACUGCCAAACUCCUAAGGCCUAACUCCUCUAAUUGGACUUCGUUCGCUGGAACUUUUGGCUAUGUAGCUCCAGAGCUUGCUUACACAAUGAAGGUAAAUGAGAAGAGUGAUGUUUACAGCUUUGGGGUGCUAUCACUAGAAGUUAUUUUAGGUCAUCAUCCAGGGGAUAUUAUUGCAGCAAUAUCAUCAGUCUCGCCAGCAUCAGGCACCAAUGGAAUACUGUUAAAGGAUAUUAUUGACGAACGACCACUAGCUCCUGGAAAACAAGAAAAAGAAGAAUUGAUCAAGAUCACCAAGCUAGCAUUUGCGUGUCUUCGUCAAAGUCCUCAAGCUCGGCCAACUAUGAAGCAAAUUUGUGCAUCUUUAUCAAAAGAAAAAUUACCUUCUGAAGGCUUGUUCUCCACUGUUACAUUAGGCCAGUUGCUUGAACCAGCUCUACUAAGAAGUUGAUCUUUUUGCAUACCUGUACAUUA